AAGAAUUCGCUCGAAGCCCAGACGAGAACUGGAAUCGUCCUCCGUCUUCCGAAGCCCAUCGAAUUGGACGUCAGGAGCUCAGAGCUGCGAGCAAAUUCCUCCAUCAAUGGCGCAGAGAGGGGAGUCUGACUUUUCUGAAGCCAUGCCAGGGCUCGGAGGAAGUGUAGUUCUGAAGUCGGACGUCUCCGAGGGUUCUCUCUGCACCGGAGAACGUCGCAAGAAUGCUUCAUGCUUGAAGGUACUUGUUCCAGCCAAAACAGAGAUGUGCAGGUAUUAUGGAAUGCCUGGUGGAUGCGUGCGUGGAGAAAAAUGCUUUUAUGCUCAUGGUGAAGAAGACCUUCACAGACGACCGAGGAGCUUUUCACCACAUUUUGUCAGCGGCUCUGCCCCUUUUGUGCGGCUUGUGAAGAUUAGUUUUUUGGUUGCCAUCCAGGAAAUGUCACCGGAAGACUUGAGCAAAAAAGUUUUCGUGGGAGGUCUUUCACCUUCAGUGGAGUCUGAUGAUUUGAGAUUUUAUUUCGAAGAAAAGUUUGGCCCUGUCAUGGAUGCAGUCGUUAUUGGUAGUCAAUCAGGUGAUCAAGUCCAGUCCCGUGGUUUCGGCUUCGUCACAUUCAAGAAUGAGGAAUCUGUAUUACUUGCCGUGAAAACUCAUUACGUCAACCUCUUUGGGAAGAAGGUUGAAAUCAAGGGUGCGGUUCCACGUUCAGGAUCGUCUCAACUGGAGAUUGCGAAAAUAGGUUCUACUGUGCCGAGAGAGUUUUCCGAUCUGUCAUCUGAAGUUUCUGAAAGGAAUACACCGAGGGUGGUUAACCAUCAGCCGUCAUCUCUUGAUGUGAGUUUUGAUGCAGAAACAGGUUUGCAACUUAAGUGGUCAAAAACAUGGAAACAAGGACCUGAUGACCUCUUUUCAGAUAAGGAGCCAACUACAUCAGAAGGUGCAUCCUCUUCUACAUUGAGCAGCAAUUCACCGAGCACGAGCCCAUUCUGGUUGUCACGAUUCAAGGCGUGGCUACCGAAAUUUUUGACGGAUGUGUAUCGACGGUUGAAAGACGGAGAGUGGUACCCCCUAUCUUCACUAAAAGGGGAUUUUAGAGCAACUUGUGGUCUAGAGUUAGAUCACGCAGCUACUGGGCAUCAUAAACUCAAUGAAUUCAUAAAAUGCUUUCCAGAUCUUUGCAAGAUCAGAAUUGUACCUGUGGGAUUGGGUCCUGCCACUCAUUUGGUGCUUCUUCCACUCUCUCCACGGGCGUCAACAACUGGCAGCCAUCAGAAGGAUAUGAUGGGUUCUCUGCGAGGAAGAUCGGUUGCUGAAAUUCGGAAUUCGGAUGCAGCUGCGAUUUCUCACGAGACAGCAAACAAAGCUCCAGUAGCGAGAGACUUAGAGCACUUUCAUGGUAACGUCCUUGGAAGAUCUUCUGGAGAGCUGCUACUUACAGAUUCUCUUCAGCGCCUUGCUGAAAAAAAUCUGAACGGGUUCUCAAGAGAUCAUGGCAUGAGAGUAUCACCUUUCGAAAGUCUAGAUGGAAAAACAGGAAGACCAUCAAGUUCUCCCAAGUGGAAUGAAACCCCUGCACCACUUCAGGACCUGCGAUUAACAGAUUCUCCAUACCAAAAUGGAAAACCUACUAACCCUACAAACAGUCUGGACUUCUUGUUGUUUUCAGAUAACACUACGGAAAAACAGGUCGCGAGUGGAAGUUGGUCUAAUUCGAGUGUUAGUCAAAUGCGUCAUGUUGAUGAAAUCAGCAACAAUAGCCUGAAGGCUAGUACUUCCCAUGUUCUUCAAAAAGGGAAGUCAGCACAGUCCUUCAUGAUUGGUUCUACAGAAAUAGAAGAUCCUCCAAAUCUUAGUAUGAGCCAAGCACUAUUGCACCGACAGGUGGGGAAUUCCUUCAUAAGAAACCUAUCAGAAGAGCCGACAACUCCUGUCAAUCAAGUGAAUUUAACUCCGUUUUCAGCCUAUGAUAAUCAGAUGACUCCUUUCUUCACACUUGAAAACAAUAUGAGCAGUACUUCAAACAAAAGCAUCUGGAGUUUUCCAAGUGACGGGAUCAGUACUGAUCAGGAGCUCAACGUACAAGUUUGCAAGAACAGUUAUGAGCAGAACUCAACCAAUAACCUUGAACUUCCUAAUGGAGAUGGCAAAGCUCACGGGGCACGUCGAGAGAAACCGGUAAGUGUGUUCCAUGCUGUCUCAAAUUACCAGGACGGAGAUCACCUGCGUGCAGCUUGUUCGUUUGGCUGUAAUCGGCAGUCUACAUGGAUAGCAAUGCCGUGUAAACAUUAUGCAUUAUGCUCUCCAUGCAAGAAUGCGAUAUACAAUUACAGGGACAGCUCAUCUCCCUGUAUAUGCCCUGUGUGCUGUUGUAUGGUCGAGAGAAUGGUAGCACUUCAUCGGUAAGAAGAACCCAGCCGGUCGAGGUUCGAGGGAGAGCACACAUGCGACUAUGUGCAUGGACGUAUGCACUCACUUACAUAUGCAUUUCCAUUUGAUUGAAACCGUCUACAUAAUGACACGCGAAGAAGUCACAUCAUUACUUGGUUUCAUCCGUUGACUGUUUAUUAAGUCAUACUGUACAGAUGAUAUUCCACCUCUAUCAAGAAAGAACGCUAGCUAGACGGUGCAUACUUUGUAAAUGCACCUCUCCUUUCCCGAUGUUCCCGAAAUUUGAGCCGAGGUCUUGCUCUUACUACAUUACACCUAGUAUUGUUUAACUGCAGGUUAAGAUUUAUGAACACUUUUGUGGAAAGACUUUACUGUUACACUAUUUGCUUUGCUAAAUUCUAGUCUACUCUUUCUUGCACUAGCGGUUAUGAAGUGCAAUUUCAUGUGAAUAAAAGCAGAUUUACAAC